AAGAAUGUUCAAUUGAAGAUUCCACGAAGAAAACGAGCUCUUAUUUCAUCAAUUUCACUACUUCAAAUGCUGUUGAUGAUCUUAAGCUUAAUUAAUCGCUAUUUUUCACAGCAAUUUGACACCCAAUUUCUACAAUUUCGGGCUUUAAUUGCAGCAAUUUGGCAAAGAGGAGAGAGAAAAUGGGUGGACCAGAGAUAUGGUUGUUGGUGAUGUGCGGUUUGGCUUGGAGAAGAAGAAAAAAAAAAGGAGAGAGAAGACUUGUUGUAUUCAAAAAUUAAAAAAAAAACAAAAUAUAUGUGGCCCACCACAUACAAAAAUUUAUGUUUUAAAAAAAUUGAGCAUGAGAUUAUUUUUAAACCAAUUCUUCCAAAAAAAAAAAAAAAAAUUAAAAAAAAAAAAAAAAAUUUGCGGAGUACAGUAGAUGACUGAUGACAAUAGCCCUGUAGGAGCCCGCGAAUCUGGACUCAACCAAGUUUAAAAUUCGGCCUCACAAUCCAAUACCAGUAUACCACACCACUUUAAAGUUUAAAGUUUAAACCUCAGCUUCAAAGCUCAAGCCUUCAACAAUGGCGUCUUCCAGAGCUUGCAUUUCUCGAAUUCCUUUACUUCGUUCAUCUUCUCUCUCCUCUUCACCCCUUUUCUCUUUUCUCUCUCCUCCAUUCUCCACUUCCCGCAGAUUCAGUCGUCUCUCUGCUUCUCUCUCAACCCAAGACUCAAAUACUCAUCAUUCUUCUGAACAAGGUCCCAUUCUCAAAACUUUGAGACCCAGUUGGAAACCCUUGUGCUUGUAUUAUACUCAAGGAAAAUGCACCUUGAUGAAUGAAUCUUUCCAUCUGGACAAGUUCAAUCACAAUUGCUCUGUGCCCCUUGAAGAAAAUAUUUCUAAAUCGGAUAAGUUGCGCUCACAGAAUAUAGAUUUCUUUCUGGUGAUCGAUUUGGAAGGAAAAGUUGAAAUACUUGAAUUCCCAGUUAUGAUAAUUGAUGCUAAAACAUUGCAGGUUGUUGAUUUCUUCCACAGGUUUGUUAGGCCUACAAAGAUGAGUGAGCAAAGGAUAAACGAAUACAUUGAAGGAAAAUAUGGGAAAAUAGGUGUUGAUCGUGUUUGGCAUGAUACAGCUAUACCUUUUAAAGAUGUCAUUCAAGAAUUUGAGGCUUGGAUCUCUGGUCAUAACCUGUGGGAAAAGGAGAGUGGUGGAUCCCUAAACAGAGCUGCUUUUGUGACUUGUGGCAACUGGGACAUCAAAACAAAAAUUCCUCAGCAAUGUCAAGUAUGUGGAAUGCAAAUACCCCCUUAUUUCAUGGAGUGGAUUAAUUUGAAGGAUAUCUACUUGAACUUCUACAAUAGAACGGCCAAAGGAAUGAGGACCAUGUUGGAUCAACUUCAAAUCCCAUUACUGGGAAGUCAUCACCUAGGUAUCGAUGACACAAAGAACAUAGCAAAGGUGGUACAACGGAUGUUGGCAGAUGGUGUAUUAAUGCAAAUUACUGCCAGGCGGAGUCCUGCAGAUCCCAAAAGUGUUGAUUUUCUUUUUGAAAACCGCAUUAGGUGAAGAUCAGUUGGAUUUACCACUGAUAGCUGCAGUUGAUUAUGUGUCUGUCAUGCUAAAACUAGAAGAUAUGGGAGAUAGCAACUACAUACCGACACCAGUGGAUUCUUUCAUAGAAAGUUUGGAGCUUCUAGUUUAAAUCUCGAGGGAUGCAUACUUGCAUUGUAUAUGUUAAUAUGUAAUGGGAGAAGGUGUUGUAUUGAUGUUGCAUGGAUCCAAACCUUUUGUCCCACUUUCUAUGUUCUAUAUAAGCCUUUUAUUGAUCCCUAUCACUCAAACCAAACAUUUUUGUUAUUCUCUACACCAAAAAGACAAACCAAAUUGUCCCAUUUCAACCAUGCAAAUGAAAUUCAUCUUGGCUUCAACUACUGAUGAGAUCGUAUCAUUAAUCAUCUUGGUAUGAAAUAUAUCACAGCUUGUCUUUAAUUUCUUCUUCUAUUCUAGGGCUUAGCAAGUGCUUUUUGGUGGAAAGGAACAAAGGGCAUGAAUUAAAAAUUGCAUUUGUAAUUUUUUUUAGUGAUUUAGUUGUAAUCAGGAAUUUUUAUUAAUUAGGUUAAAGUGUAUGAUAAGCAUGGUAAACCGUUAUCUAUAAUUUAUUUUUAUAAGAAUUCUAGCUGAGAAACAUCUUAA